AUGUCUGGGAGAUUAGACCACCUGUUCUUGACUCUCCAGGGAGCGGAAGUGACGUUGGGCCGGGGGAGGACGAGCCGGGCAGUGAACGCGCGCGGGGCGCUGCGGCUCUGCCUGGCUCGUGCGGGGCCGUUGGAUCCUCUCCCGGAGCCGGAGAAGAGUUUUUGUGUCUCCCGGCUUUGGGCAUGCGCAGAUCGGGGGGCUGGGGAGAGCCCCGCAUGCGCAGAGGCAGAGCUGCUCCGCUGCUGCUCCCUGGGGCUGCGGGGCCGGGCUGAGCAGGGUCUGUGCCGGGGAGACCCGUUAACUCCCCGUGCCCGGCCCGGGCCCUGCUCCCGCUGGAGCCGCCUCGUGCUGCGGAGCUGCAGCCGCCAGAGACCGGUGACUUUUGAAGAGGUGGCUGUAUAUUUCAUCAGGGAAGAGGGGGCUCUGCUGGACCCCACUGUGAGAGCCCUCUACAGGGAUGUCAUGCAGGAGAACUAUGAGACUGUGGUCUGGCUGGCAGAGGAAGCCACACCCCGGAAGCUCUGCUGGGCACGCACCAACUGGAGAACACGUAUAAAAGCCUUCAGAGUUUCUCAGUCUGGGCUGACUGCCGGAGGGGAAGGAGGCACGCCGCCAGCUCCUGAGGAGGGACAGGCCGCACUCCAGGAUCCAGAGGCCAGCCAAGCCAAGGCCCAGAUGGAGGAUCCCCCAAAGUGGAGUACACUGUGUUUAUGGUAGGGAGUGACCCAGGGGUACUUUAAAGACAAAGUGUGUUAGAGCCGCAAUGACACUCGGCAUGUUGCAGGCGGAUCCCCGUCGAGCUAAGGCCAAGGGGAACCCCGCCACUAGCAGGGCCCUGGGUCGGGACCUGGUGGAGAGGGCGGGCCCAGGUCCUCCUACUACCCCACCCACACUGCCCUGACACUUGGGGCGAGCUGCAUGGACUCCGGUCACUUGGCUGCAUUACCCCGCCAAAGGGGGGGCGGUGGCCAUUGGGCCAUACUUCUCUGACACGUGUGGGUGAGCUGCAAGGACUCCGGCCUCUAGGCUGCACCACCCCGCCUGUGAGGGGGAAGGCAUUUGGACUCUGGCCAUUGGGACAGACCGCCCUGAUACUUGGGGUGAGUUACCUGGACUCUGGCCACUGGGCUGCACCACCCUGCCUGUGAGGGGGAAGUUAUAUAGACUCUGGCUGUUGGGCUGCACCACCCCGCCUGUGAGGGGGAAGUUAUAUAGACUCUGGCUGUUGGGCUGCACCACCUUGCCUGCGAGGGGGAAGGUAUAUGGACUUUGGCCAUUGGGCCACACUGCCCUGACAUUGGGAGAGAUUUAUAUGGACUCUGGUCAUUAGGGCCCACAACCCCGAUCAAAGGGGUGAUUGUGCAGAAACAGGCCAUUAGGCCACAUUGGGCCGCCCACAGAGAGAUGGGCAUGAGGGACUUGAGAGUGGCUAGGGUUCGACACCCCAUCCCACCCCUGCCACAAAGGGGUGCUGUGGUGCCAGACCCGCCACAGGCUGAUUAUGUGAUAACUUUCAGUGUUCCAAUAUAAUUCAGGUUUUCUUCUAGUUCUCUCCCUGCCCCCUCCUACUAUAUAGGAAAUUGUUGCUAAUCCUGAAAUUAAAACCUCACUCCAAAGAAAUUAGAGUGGAGGAAUACGUGAGAGAAAUAGCAUGGAUGAAAAUAGAGACCUAGUAUAGACUGUCAUUAUUUCUAUUUAAAAUUGAAUUUAUUUUGAUAAAUUUUAAAAUAAAUCAUCUGUUAGGAGGAAAAUUACUUGAGACAAGAUGUGUAACAGCCACAGAGUUCCCCAGGUCUCUUGUUUUCAAAGGAAAGAUGUCACAUAAGGCAGGACAUGUCAAAAUCUAAACUGGUGAUGGAUGUGUGAUGGGAGCUUUUUUGGGUUUGUUUUUGCAACCAGUUAUUUUUACAGGUGCUGAGGCCCCUUUUCCUUUUAAGUACAACAUUUUAACUCUCAGGCCUGGCUCUGGAAACCUUCUCAGAACUGGCCUUUUGUUUCUUUCAUGUGUGAUAUCUUUGGGGUUCACACAUCCACUCUACAUGCGGUUCACAGCAACAGAUACUUUGAGAAACCUGCUGGGUUAAGUGGGCCUUUUCCAAACUGACAUUGGCCUAAAGUCUGCCUCAGUUCAGCUGGAUUGGGACACAUCUGUAUCAAGGGAGUGGUUCACACCUGAUUUUCCCAGAGACUUCGGGGGAGGGGUGGUAAAAUAGGAUAAGUAGGACUCUACAACAAUGAAGUUAAAGAUCAGGGUGAAAGACCCUCACUUUGCAGGUCAAAAAGCCUGUUCUGUUCAUUCCUUCUGACACAUCUGGCACUGGUCACUCUCAGGCAGCACACGGGGUUAGAUGGACCAUUGGUCUGACCCAGUAUGGCCAGUCUAGCGUUCUUAUGUAAGCCCUCUACAGCCUUGUCUACACUGGCAAGCGUCUGCACAGUCAACCAGAUUUCUGCAGUGUAACUUCUGAGGUGUGCAUACUGCCAAGCCACUUAGUGCGCAGAAACUGCUCAGUAGCAGCGCUGUAAAAAUACCACCCUGAUGAGAGGCGUACAGCUUUCUGUACCAGAGCUACAAUGCUGCGGUGCCAGUGUAGACACCCUGUUCCAUUACAGCUCUGCGACUGGCCUCGGGUAGGCGUCCCACAAUCUCUGUUCUCAUCUGUCUGGUCAUCAGUUUGAACUCUACUGCACUGCCCUCAGGUGACCAACUGGGAACGCCACCCCUUAAAUUCCUUGGGAAUUUUGAAAGUCCCACUUCCCACAGAGACCAAUUAUGGUUACAGACCCAUCCUGAAAUUAGAGCAGGAUAUUUUAAAGCGUUAUAUCAUAGUAAAGUAACACAAUUCAAACAUGUCAUCGCAGAGGAGCAAGCACUCCGUCAUUUCGUAUUUAUUGCUGCUGAUCUCACUGAAAAACUUCCGUGGUGCUGCUCCCAGCACUUCAGGGAGUUUUUGCUCUUCUCCCUUCCAGCUGUGGUUGUGGGACUGCCGCACCUCUCCAAAUGGCCAGCUUUGCUCUUUGACUUACAUCCUUCGUUUAUUUGAAUGAAGCUGUGUCUGCUACCAGUUUAAUUCAGAGCUGAGACCUCAGGCACCAGCAGCUAAUUACAAAGGCUAAAUUCCCAUUGCCAUCAGUGGGAGGUUAUCCAGGGCUGCAGGAUUUGGUCAUGAUCAACUAAGGUGCUACAACAGCUGCACUCUUACAUGGCGAGUCCUGCAGCCUAUUACUAAACUGCUCUGCCAUAGUCUGCAGGGUGGCCUGACUUGCUGAGAAUCUGGCAGAAGAGAGACCCUGGAGCAGAGAAGGAAAAUGUCGUCAGCAGUCAUAGCCGGCAGGAGCAGGAAAGGUUGGGUUUAUUUUCAAAUUUCUCUGCUCAAGCCUUUAAUCAUUCCUGUGGCUCAUCUCUGAACCCUCUGCAAUUUAUCAGGGAAAACCAACCAACCAAACCAGGCUGUUCUGAGUGAUGUAACAAUCUAUUGCCUUCCAAGGUUGAAUAUCAAUUAGAUCAUUCUAUUCACCUAAGAGUUCAACUUUAAGGCCUUUUUGUUUUCUAGUUCCAAUCCAAUCCUGUGCCACAGCAUCAUUGUUAACUCAUCACUUGGUCACUUCACGUUCACAGAGCUGGCAGGUCUAAGUCUUUCCUCCCACACCAACAUGAAAAAAAUCAGUGACAGAAAAUGCCCUGAAGCCCCUCUGCUGCCUUGCCCACGAGACUGGGGAAAUACACGAGGGAAAGCGCUUUCCUCUCUCCUCCUGACCCUGAGUAACAUUUCUCUCUGUCCUUGAGAUCCUGCCACGGGGACAAGGGUUGAGGAUGCAUAUGACAAUUUAAGGCUUCAUUGAUUUGUUCAUUCCUUUACUCCUUCAUUAGUAACAAGGGUGCAUGAGCUCGAAAUAAUCCAGCUCUGACUUUCACACAGGAGGCGAUUUCCAGGCUCACAAUUACC